AUGGCUGUUACCGACAUUGUCACCAUCGACAACCUGUCCACAAAACUGCCGCAAUGGCAUCCUGGCACGGCCAACCACCUAUACGCCAUUGUGGACAUGGGAAGCAACGGCGUCCGCUUCUCCAUCACGUCUCUUGCCCCUCCAUUCUCGCGGCUGCUCAACCCUCUUUUCUCCACACGCGCCGCCAUCUCGCUCUUUGACGCGCUCACGCCGUCUCCCGACGGCAGCGGGCUCAUCUUCCCGGAGCAGACCAUCAUCGACGUAGCCGAGGCCGUAGCCAGCUUCCACCACGUCGCCGUCGCGCACGGCGUCCCUCGGGCCCAGAUGUACAUCUUCGCCACGGAGGCGAUGCGCCGUGCCGACAACGCCGGCGACAUCCUCGAGGCCAUCCGCGCCGCCACGGGCGGACUCGGCGUGCAAAUCCUCGCGCCCGAGGUCGAGACGCUUUGUGGUGCCGUCAUGGGCACCCGCAGCAGCCUCGUGGGCGUGCCUGGCGGCGCCCUCUUUCUCGACCUCGGCGGCGGCAGCGUCCAGAUGACCUGGGUCGACACCUCCACGCCUGACUACAUGAUUAAGGCCGCGAUAGCGGGCUCCAGCAUGCCGUACGGCGCGGCCAAGCUCAUUCGGGUCCUUGAACAGCAGUCGGUGCAGACGCAAGAAGCCGAGAUUGACACCCUACGGACAGGCAUGAAGUCCGUGUACGACGGUCUCUGUACCCAGUUCCCUGCGCUCAAGACCAUAAAGGAAGCGUACGAGCGGGGUGAAGAUGCCAAUGUCGACGUGUACAUGUGUGGCGGCGGAUUUCGCGGCUAUGGCACCAUGCUCAUGCACGACGAUGCGAUCAGCCCCUAUCCGAUCCCUUCUAUAUCGACGUACACCGUCGACGGGUCGAAGUUCAAGGAGACACAUCGCAUGUUGAGCAUCAAUACCGAGUAUUCGGGCAAGAUUUAUGGUCUUUCGAAGCGCCGCCGCAGGCAGUUCCCCGCUAUCGUCCACGUCGUCGAGGCUUUCAUCAGCGCAGUCCCCAACAUCGGCCGUGUCACCUUUAGUGGAGGCUCCAACCGCCAAGGUGCCCUGCAGAUGAUGCUGCCCCCCGAAAUUCGGGAAAGCAACCCGCUGGAGGUACUGGCCAACAUUGAUCCAGCCGAUAGGCCUCUGCUUAAUGCCGGCUUGGAGCUCCUGCUAUCCAGCCUGCCGGAUCCGGCUAUCAUCUCAAGGAUGCCCACCAUCGUGGCCCCUGGUCUUGGGUACCUGUUCAUCAAGGAGCUUUGGACACGAGCCGGUCAUGAAGCAGACACCAACGCCUCGAUUGCCCUCCAUACUUCCAUUAUUCGCGAUCCGGGAUGUCCUGGCCUCACGCACCUCUCGCGCGCCCUGCUCGGUAUCGCGCUCGCAACAAGAUGGGGUUCAUUUCUCUCGCCGGCCGAUGCGCAGCUCGAGCGAGGCCUUGUUGCCAUCAUCAACCGCUACGGCAGCGAGGCUCUUUUCUGGACCCGGUACCUAGGUGCCGUUGCCGGUGCAAUCGCCGAGAUCCUGCCAUUCUCGCCCGCCUCUGUCGAGGAACUAAAACGAGUGGUAGAAUUCAGCUCGGAAAUCGUACAAAAAGAAAACAGCCGCGUCGUCAAACUGUCCAUUGGCAUUGCAUGUGAUCACGCAAGGCGUCUAGAUGAAUCAGCUCUGAUCGACAAUAUAAAGUCGGCGACCAAAAACAAAGAGGAGGGAUGUCCGAAAAAGGUCUCCGUCACAGUUUACAAGCGCGCGUGA